CUCUUGAAAUGGAUUAUGGGAAAGCAAACACAAGAUGGCGGCCAAAACUGAAUCGCAGAAGAAAAGUCGUCUAGAUUGGCGAAAAGAGAAAGAGCUUGAGGAAGCGAGAAAGGCUGGUACAGCACCAGCAUUGACUGAUGAAGAAGGAAAGGAUAUUAAUCCUCAUAUUCCACAGUAUAUCUCUCAAGCUCCUUGGUACUAUGGCACCUCAAGACCAACCUUGAAACAUCAACGACCUCAAGAAGAAAAACAGAAACAAUUUUCAUCUUUAAAUGAGUGGUAUAACAGAGGAACUCAAGCUGUUGCCCCUGCUGCUACUAAGUUCAGGAAAGGAGCUUGUGAAAACUGUGGAGCAAUGACUCACAAGAAGAAACACUGUCUUGAGAGACCUAGAAGAGUUGGUGCCAAGUUCACUGGUGAUGAUAUCAAACCUGAUGAACAACUACAGCCACAACUUUCAUUUGAUUAUGAUGGAAAAAGAGACAGGUGGAAUGGUUACAAUGUUGAAGACUACAAGAAAGUUGUGGAGGAAUAUACCAAGUUAGAAAUGGUAAGUUAGAAGCCUGUUGCUCUUGCAGGGCACCAGGCUCUUGUUC